AUGGGAAACACACCGUCAAAGAGUGGCAGCGUAGAGGAACUGGCCAAAACAACUUUGUUCGAGAGGGAGCCCGGUGGCACCACGUACAGGAUCCCCGCCCUCCUCUACCUGAGGCACUGUCGCACCUUCCUCGCCUUUGCAGAGAAACGAUCCUCCCCGUCUGACAACGACGUCAAAAGUCUGGUGAUGAGAAGAGGGACGUUGAGAGACGACGGAUCUGUCCAGUGGUCGUCCAGUCAGGUGCUGUCAACGGCGUGUCUGUCGCAACACCGCACCAUGAAUCCCUGCCCUGUGUAUGAGAAAAACAACAAGAAGUUGUUUUUGUUUUUCAUCUGCAUCUGUGGAAACGCCACGGAGAGGAAGCAGAUCACCACAGGUAAGAACAAGGCGCGUCUCUGCUAUGUCAGCAGCGCUGACGACGGGCAAACUUGGAGUCAAUUGAAAGACUUAACGGAGAGCGUGGUUGGCGAUUCCGUCCACGAGUGGGCCACCUUCGCCGUGGGUCCCGGCCACGGCAUUCAGCUGGAGAACGGCAGGUUGAUCAUCCCGGCCUACGCCUAUUACGUCCCGUACAGAUGCUGUUCCUACCCCAUUCCUUUCACCGUCUACCCACGCGCACUGUCCAUUUACAGCAAGGACUUUGGACAGACGUGGCAUGUGGGGGAGAUGCUUGGGAAAAAGUCCCUUGAAUGCGUAAUGGCCGAGAUCAUAGACCACGAGGGCAGGAGUCACCUUUACUGCAACGCCCGUAACAGUCAUGGACCCAGAUGCGUGGCCCUGAGUGAAAACAGCGGAGUGUAUUUCGACAAGCCCCACGCGGCUCCGGAGCUCGUCGAACCCGGCUUGGGCUGCCAGGGCAGCGUCAUCGGCUUUCCCGCUCCCGAAUUUGUCCCGAACGACGACGCCGAAAGCAAAGCCUGCGGCACGUCCCUCUUGUCGCCAGACACGCAAACCUGGCUCCUAUUCGUGCAUCCAACCAAUAAGGCUAGUAGGAGGGACAUGGGCGUGUACUUGAACCGAUCCCCCCUGCACUCGUCGGGCUGGGACAGACCCAGGAUCAUCCACAGCGGGCCCAGUGGCUACUCGGACCUCGCCUACAACGGAGACAAGGAUCAGUUUUCGUGCCUGAUGGAGUGCGGGAAAGAGAGUGAACUUGAGCAGAUUGCCUUCAUGUCGUUUACCCUUAAUGAUGUCAUGCAGACGGGAGGUAAGAAAGAGAAGAAGGUGCGUUGUGUGGCGGCGGGUUCAUUUGAGUAUUAACAGAGCUCCCUGGCAUUCUCACGCAACCUAAAAAUUUUAAAAACAAACCCCAACCACUUAAUGUGCUGUGCAGUAACAUCUGUCUGUGCUGACUGUUGUUCUACAUCCUGGAGAUGAUAAUGCAUGAGUCGUGUAUUCUGUCGUCUCCCUGUUUACAUGAAAACGUAAUUUAAGUCCUAAUAGUAUCAAUAUACAACCAGCGUUACUAGGAGGGAAAGCAUUGGUGGAGCGUGGUGGGUUGUAAGCAUGAUUUACUGGACUGUCAUUUUAAAAGCCGGCGAUGUGUGUAGCAUGUUUGACGAGCACUUCAUAUCCCCAUCUGUCCAUCUCAAAUCAAACUGUCAGUAUUUUGCUGAUCAGUGGAGAGAAUUUGCCUACCUCCUUUUUAUUUUCAUACGAAGAUCAUUCGCAGGCUUUGUAAAGUAGAGCGUAGACUCUCCUCCAUGCUCCGUCUCUCCUUUACAGUACAUCCAGCGUACUCUGAUUCACAUAUGCCUUCUACUCCGCCGUUUGAACCGAAGCCGAGCUGCAGCCUUUUUCUGUAGGUCACAGAGAGGAUAGACAUUGACUUCUCACCGGCCUCAUCCAGCUGAACAAUGACGAGACCAACUAAACUGUACCGGAUGUGAGUUUGUGAAACAGCUGGUGGAUCGAUGGAGAGAGAUAAUGUACCUUCACAAAGCUACAUGGGGAGCGACUUUUGCAUCAAAUUUUCCAAAGCAGUUAUUCACUUUGCUCCUCUGGUGACAUAUUCAUCUUCAGUUCUCCGGCAUCUCGCAAGAUUUUCUGAACAAGCAUUAAUAAGCAGUAUUAUAACCAGGUAUGAUUGGCUGGUUGUUGGUUUUCACACCGGAAGCAUGUUCUUACGGAUGUUCAUUCACUGUUUCCAAAGCCACUAGGGUUUUGCCCACAUAAAACCUUGCGCUGAGCAACUUUAACAUCCCCUUUUGCUCGAGGCGACUCUGCCCUAGUUUCAUUGUGUUUUUGUUGACUGUUGUGGAAAAGUGACAAAACCUGCAUGAGACAUGUAUUUUAGUAGAAAAUAAAGGUAACCUGUGAUCAUCUGA